AUCGCUGUCACUUCUUGAGUAUCUGCGUUUACCUCGGAGGCCAUUCAGGCUGAGGAUAUUUCUCUUCUCUUUGCGCUCUUCGUAUAUCUUUCCUUCGGGAGUUCUUGACGUCCCCGGGCUGGGCUGUUUGAGCGGCUCGUGGCCUGGUUCCCCCUCCUUCUCACAGGCCGUCCUCCGACGCCGCAUAUAAUCGCGACCUUCCUUCCCCACACAAGAUGAAAUUGGAUGUCAAGAGACAGCUGUUCGCCCGCUCCGAGCGGGUGAAGGGCAUUGACUUCCAUCCAACAGAGCCAUGGAUCCUUACCACACUAUACAGCGGUCACGUCUACAUCUGGUCCUAUGAGACUCAAUCGAUCAUCAAAACCUUCGAACUUACCGAUGUACCUGUACGAGCCGGUCGAUUCAUUGCCCGCAAGAACUGGAUUGUCUGCGGUUCAGAUGACUUCCAGCUUCGAGUUUACAAUUACAACACCUCUGAGAAGAUUGCUUCAUUCGAGGCCCACCCGGACUACAUUCGCUCAAUUGCAGUACACCCCACGCAGCCAUUCGUUCUGACCGCAUCUGAUGAUAUGACAAUUAAGCUUUGGGACUGGGAGAAAGGCUGGAAGUGUGUCCAGGUUUACGAGGGCCACAGCCACUAUGUGAUGGGACUCUCAAUCAACCCCAAGGAUACCAACACGUUCGCAUCCGCAUGUCUGGACCGGACCGUAAAGAUCUGGAGCCUUGGCUCACCACAUGCCAAUUUCACCCUGGAGGCCCACGAAACCAAGGGUGUGAACCAUGUCGAUUACUACCCGCAGGCGGACAAACCAUAUCUUCUCACCACCUCCGAUGACCGGACCGUUAAGGUGUGGGAUUACACUACGAAAGCGCUCAUUGCUACUUUGGAGGGACAUACAAGCAACGUUUCUUUCGCUUGUUAUCACCCGGAACUGCCCGUCAUUAUCUCCGGCUCUGAAGACGGAACCAUCAAGAUUUGGCAUGCGAACACAUACAGACUCGAGCAGUCCUUAAGCUACGGCUUGGAGAGAGCGUGGUGUGUCUCUUACCAGCGAGGUCGGCAAGGCGUUGCGAUCGGUUUCGAUGAUGGUGCAGUAGUUGUGAAGAUGGGACGGGAAGAGCCAGCUGUUUCCAUGGACGGCUCAGGAAAGAUUAUCUGGGCCAGACACAAUGAGGUUGUCUCGACAGUGAUCAAGGGUGGCGAUGCUAGCAUUAAGGAUGGUGCGCCACUUUCCCUGCCUACGAAAGAGCUGGGAUCAUGCGAGGUCUACCCUCAGACCCUGUCCCACUCUCCCAACGGACGGUUUGUCUCGGUCUGCGGUGAUGGCGAGUACAUUAUCUACACUGCUCUUGCGUGGCGCAACAAGGCAUUCGGGCAAGCCUUGGACUUCGCUUGGGGUUCGAAGGACAACAGCAAUGACUAUGCCAUCCGCGAGUCGACCACCAGUGUCAAAAUUUUCAAGAACUUCAAGGAAGUCAGCGGCGGGCUUGAUGUAGGCUUCCAAGCUGAAGGUCUCACAGACGGUGUGUUGUUGGGUGUCAAGGGUCAAGGCGGAAUUGGUAUGUUUGACUGGGAGACUGGAAACCUGGUCCGCCGCAUUGAAGUCGACCCCAAGGCUGUAUACUGGUCCGAAUCUGGAGAGUUGGUGACUCUUGCCUGUGAGGAUUCUUUCUAUGUCCUCCGAUACUCCCGGGAGAACUACAUUGAGGGCUUGAACGCCGGCGAAGCCGACGAAGAUGGCGUGGAGUCCGCUUUCGAGGUUGUCACGGAUGUCAACGAGUCUGUUCGCACGGGUCAGUGGGUUGGAGACUGCUUCAUCUAUACGAACUCGACGAAUCGCCUCAACUACCUGGUCGGCGACCAAACCUACACCAUCUCCCACUUCGACCAGGGUAUGUAUGUCCUUGGCUACCUGCCCCGUGACGGCCGCGUCUACCUUGCCGACAAGGAUGUCAACGUCGUAUCGUUCGGCCUGUCUCUUAGCAUGGUCGAGUACCAGACGGUGGUUUUGCGCGGCGACCUGGACACGGCAGCGGAGCUGCUCCAAGACGUUCCCCAGGAUCAGAUGAACAAGGUGGCCCGCUUCCUGGAAGGCCAAGGGUACAAGGAGAUGGCACUCGAGGUUGCAACCGACCCGGAACACCGCUUCGAGCUGGCCCUGGCUCUGAACAACCUCGAGAUUGCCCUCGAGAUCGCCCGCGAAGCCAACGUCGAGCACAAGUGGAAGAUCGUCGGAGACGCCGCCCUCGCCGGCUGGAACCUGGAGCUGGCCCAAGAAUGCUUCACCAAUGCCAAGGACGUGGGCUCCCUUCUCCUGCUGCACACCGCCAGCGGCAACAGGGACGGGCUCCGCCAGCUGGCCGCCCAGGCCUCGGAAGCCGGCCUGCACAACGUUGCCUUCUCCACCUACUGGUCCCUCGGCGACGUCGACGGCUGCAUCGACCUCCUGGUGCGGACGAACCGUCUCGCCGAGUCCGUCCUCUUCGCCCAGACCUACAAGCCCUCGCGGGCCCCCGCCCUCGUCGCCCAGUGGAAGGCCUCUCUGGAGUCCAACGGAAAGACCAAGAUCGCCCGCCUCAUCGGUAUCCCCCCCGGCACCCCUGACGCCGCCGCAGAUGAUGACCUCUUCCCCGAAUGGGACGAGUACAUCCGCCUCGAAAACGAGGGCGGCGCCGCCGCUGCUGCUCCCGCCGUCCCCGAGCCUCCUUCGUCCGAGUCCCUGAUCGACGUCCACGGCGACGAAGAGACCGCAGACAACGGUGCCCCCGAAGUACAACCUGAGGCGGAUGAUGCGGAGGUCGUUGCCGAGGAUGAAGCUGAAGAGGAGGAGGAGGAGGACGACGACGACGAGGAGCAAGAGAAAUCCGAGUAGAAACCACCCACCUACCGACCAUCCCGCUUAAGAUAGACCUUCUGUUUGUGUUGUGUUUUGGUUGUGGCAUGGUAUGUGUGUAUGUUUGUGCUUGUAUUUAAAUCCCCGUGGGAGGACUGUGCCGUAGGAUGAGAGAGAGGCCUAUGAGAGGAAAAAGAAGAAAGUUUCCACAGCGCCCUCUUUUUCUUUGCCUCUGCUUGCAUCUUGUUUCACAUUUCCAUCCCAUUCUUCAUUUAAUUCCCCGUCUUCAAUGUAUUGACAAACAGCUAAAUCUUGCUUGCGUGGGAUAUCCACCCCCCUUCCUCCUCUUUUCUCUUUUCUGAUCCAAUUUCC